GCAAGCUCGGCCAGGCCCCAAGAUAACCGUUCAUUGGCACGUUCCCUUCAAUCUCUCAGCAUGGAUAUAUCUAACACGCCGUAUAGGCUAGAAAGCUCUCGCGCCCAACGUCUUCUCGUGCUUCUGGAGGAACUAAACCUCAAGCACGAAAUCAAGACAUACAAGCGAAACAAAGAUGGACUCGCUCCGGAAUCCCUGAAGAAGAUCCAUCCCCUAGGCAAGUCCCCUGCCGUAGAGAUUGAGCUUCCAGGCCAGACACCAUUUAUUCUCGCUGAAUCUGGCGCCAUCUUCGAGUAUCUAUGCAAGCACUUCGGGGAGCAUUUAAUCCCAGAUAAAGGUGCUGAUGGAGAGAAGGGUAUUGAGUCUGAGGAGUUUAGGAGGAAUCAAUACUUCAUGCAUUAUGCUGAAGGGAGUUUAAUGAGUCUUCUUGCGAUUGCUGCUGUUAUGUUGAACAUAAAAAAGGCGCCCGUCCCUUUCUUCAUCAAGCCCAUCACGCGCAUGAUCACCAGCAAAAUCGACGAGGCUUUCCUGAAGCCCAACUUCGAAACACAUUUCGAGUUCUUGGAGGGUCAACUCAAGACAUCGCCGCAUGGAGGAUCUUAUCUCUGCGGGAAGCAAGUUACGGAGGCUGAUUUCCUUAUGAUGUUUCCAAUUGAGAUUGGUAAAUCGUGGGGUGCGUUGACACCGAUGAAGUUCCCGAAGUUGUGUGGAUAUUUGGAUCUAAUGGAAGGGCGCGAGUCGUAUAAAGCUGCGGAAAGGAAGGUUGUUGAGAUCGAGGGAAGUUUCAAACCGGUGUUUUGA